CGCUGCGUCGUGCUGCGGUUUCUGAAGUCCCCCCCAAACCAGAAUAAGACUUCAGAGGAAAUACUACAGCAUCUGCAAAACAUUGUAGACUUUGGAAAGCAUGUCAUGAAGCAGUUCUUUGGGGAGAACUACGUUCACCAUGGGGAAAUCAUUCAGCUGCCUUUAGACUUCGUAAGACAGCUCUGUUUAAAAAUUCAGCCCGAGAGGCCAGAGUCUCGCUGUGAUAAAGACAUGGACACUCUCAGCGGUUAUGCCAUGUGCCUUCCCAAUCUCACCAGGCUGCAGACCUACCGUUUUGUGGAGCACCGGCCCAUCCUCUGCAUCGAGAUUAAGCCAAAGUGUGGCUUCAUCCCUUUUUCUAGCCAUGUUUCGCAGGAGGUAAAGCACAAGGUGUGUCGUUACUGUAUGCAUCAGCAUCUCAAGGUAGCAAACGGAAAGUGGAAGCGGCCGAGUAAAUACUGCCCAUUGGAUCUCUUCUCAGGAAAUAAACAGAGAAUGCACUUUGCUUUGAAGAGCUUGUUACAGGAGGCACAGAACAACCUGAAAAUAUUUAAG